ACAUGUUAAACAUGUUAUCAUGCUCUUCGUGCCUGUCACCUUGUGCAUGGUGGUGGUUGUGGCAACCAUCAAAUCGGUUACUUUUUAUACACAGAAUGAUGGCCAAUUGUUGUACACUCCAUUUACAGAGGACACGGAUACCGUUGGUCAGCGAGCUGUGAACUCCAUUCUCAAUGCCAUGAUCAUGAUCAGCGUGAUUAUAGUAAUGACACUGCUUGUACUUCUGUACAAGUACAGGUGCUACAAGGUAAUUCAUGGAUGGCUUAUAAUCUCUUCACUCCUGUUGCUUUUCUUCUUCUCCUUCAUCUAUUUAGGGGAGGUCUUUAAGACGUAUAACGUUGCUAUGGAUUACUUCACGCUAGCAUUAGUGAUCUGGAACUUUGGUAUAGUUGGAAUGAUCUGUAUCCAUUGGAAGGGCCCACUUCGGCUGCAACAGGCCUAUCUGAUCAUGAUCAGUGCUUUAAUGGCGCUUGUCUUCAUCAAAUACCUCCCGGAGUGGACUGCGUGGCUGAUCCUGGCUGUGAUUUCAGUAUAUGAUCUGGUUGCUGUGCUGUGUCCGAAAGGUCCCUUGCGCAUUCUGGUUGAAACUGCUCAAGAGAGAAAUGAACCAAUAUUUCCAGCUCUGAUCUAUUCUUCGACGAUGGUGUGGUUGGUUGGAAUGGCAGAUCAAGAAGCCAGAGCAAGUUCACCAGCAGACGAGCAUCUGACUUCUGCAAACAUUAGUCUUAACAACACCUGUGUUGAUGAGACUGCUGAGGGACCCACUAAUGCAGGCGAGACCAAUACCGAUGAUGGUGGAUUUGAUACAAGGUGGAGGUGUAACAGAGAUGAAACAUUGGGCAACGUUGAGUCCACUCCAGAGAGUCGAGCGGUUGUUCAGGCCAUGCCAAGCCCUCCAACGUUAGAUGACGAUCCAGAGGAGAGGGGUGUGAAGCUUGGUUUAGGGGACUUCAUAUUCUACAGUGUUCUUGUUGGAAAGGCAUCAGCAGCAGCAAGUGGAGAUUGGAAUACAACUCUAGCCUGCUUUGUUGCCAUAUUAAUUGGUUUGUGCCUUACUCUACUGCUACUUGCCAUCUUUAAGAAGGCUUUACCAGCACUUCCAAUAUCCAUUACAUUUGGGCUAGUUUUCUAUUUUGCUACAGAUAACUUGGUACGUCCAUUUAUGGACCAGCUUGCUUUUCAUCAGUUUUAUAUAUAGUAUUUUUUUUGUAGGGAGUAUUUCAAAAAUGUACUGUAAUUAUAUUGUAAUCCUGAGAACUGGAAAAGGGACUUUCAUAACUGAUCAAGAAUAUAACCAUAUCAGAAGUGGAGACAAUAAAGCAAUGUUGAACCUGUGUGGACUAUAAUUGUUACCUGCUUAAUUCAUUGGAUUUCUGAUCAAAUUAUACCUGACGUACUUCAGAAGCAAUGUACAGUGCGGGAGAAAUCUGUUUCUGUGGAACGUGAACCCUGCUGUUUCUGUGGGACUUGAACCCUGUAAGCAAUUUGAAGACCUCAAUCCAUCUGUGCUGAAGUUUGAUGCAGGGUUGGUUGGUGCGGGAUGGCGAUGGGAACAUUUUAAUUAUUUGAAAGCAGGAAAUGAAAAAUAAGUUAACAAAAUACUUUUUUUAAGAUGCACUGUUUACUGCAUAAAUCAUUUUUGAAUAUUUUCCAGAACCAUUUUCCCUGAGGUGAUCUUUCUCAAGUCAUUAGAUGUGUGACUUCUUGGGCAGAUGCAUGAUGAACUUUUUGCUUUUGUCUUGAAUCCAGGUUUUCUGAAUAAUAGCUAAACUAAUACAAAUGUAUUUUUUUUCUCCCCAUUUUACCCCAGUGAAAUACCAAUCAUGCCAUGCAUUUCCUGAAAUGUAUUUGGAAAAUAAUGUACAUGAAUGUAUUGCAACUUUUUUUAAAACCUAGUUAGGUUCAGAAUGAAAUUAAAUUGAAUUAUGGUCGUUGACUAGCAGCAAUUAAAAUUUAGUGAUCCAUCAA